AUGAAGGAUGCGAAAACUCAAAGGCGCAGCUCAGCCGCCCCGGCGGCCGCUGCUCAAUCGACACGCUCGCGAGACCUGGUAUAUCAUACCGAGACCGCUCCCACCACCCGCAGGGCCUCUUCGAAAUGUCAUUCAAGCCACAACCCUGAGAAUACCUCCGAACGUCCACAACACCCAUCGCUUUCCCGUGUCAAGGGCAGAAGCAAUAUGUACACUCCACCGCGGCUUACAAGCGAGGUCUCAUGGCUGAGGGAUUCAUCUCCAGUCCAUUCUGGGACCAGGACGCCUCCUCAGCAGUGCAAAACCCCGGAUAUUGGAACCCCGACCUUAGUCAACCCGGCAUCUACACUCCUACAAGACCUCCUUAAGGAGCAGCGAGCACAUCGCAGCUCCCGAGGAACUCUCCCCGAAGAUUGGGAGGAUCUUGGUUCUCGAACACCGGAUGGUUCACGGGUGCAAGAUGACUCGGUAUCGGAGAAGGCACGGAAAGUGAGCGAAGCUAUCGCAACCGGGCAGCGCCAACCGAAGGAGAUGGGCAUGCGAGAGAUGGAUCAGUACGUUUCAAAAAUGAACAAAUUGAAUUUCGACCUGAAGCUCGAGAUUCACCACCGCUCAGAGCAGAUGAGGCAGAUGCGGGAAAAGGUCCAGCGCAUGGAGGCGAUGGAGGCUGAGCUCCAGCGCAUGCACAAGUUGGAGGAGGAGGUUGUAGAGCUACGAAAUGUGGGGAAAAAGAACCAGCGCCUGCGUGAGGAGAAUGAGCUACUGAGUCAAGAGCUUGAGAAACGGAACGUGGCUGUCACCGAGGCGGUUCAACUUAUUUGCCAGCUCGAGGCUAAGAUCGAUGAGCUCGAGUCGGGUGGACGGACGUCGCAAAUGUCCAUGAGCCGGCUGGUGCUUGAUGGUCCCAGUGCCUCGACACCCAGAGGGCAGAUUGCGUUUGAGAUUCCCGAAAGAACUUCAUCGAAGCGGAAUUCAGCUGCCCUGACACGAUCCCUUCAAUCGCGGUCUGCCGAACUGCACCAGCUUACGAAAGCUCCGUCUUUCCUACGAACCGAGAACCAGAGCACGGCGACUCUGCGCAGCCUCUAUGCUCCCGAGAAUAAUAUUUCUCAAUCGGCUAUGAGCGCUUUGACCAAGUCCGAGAGCUUCAAUACUUUGAAUGGCUCGCCCGAGUCACCUCGACUCAGUGUGCUAAGUGAAUGCAGUGAGCUGAACCCUAUGGGUUCCGCCUCGGAAUGGGAUGAAUGCGAUCAGCUUGAUAUUCCAGUCCGUCGAGCUUCGUCCACGAUCAGCAGCGUGGAUAGUUAUGUCCCCCAUACCGAGCGCGAGGAGAGCAAGGAUUACCAAAUUGAUCGCUGGAUGGGCUCGCAGCCAGAUGCAUGCGAUACAAUCAUCAGACGACGACAGAAUCGGGCCAUGGCUGUCGCUUCGCACAGUGUAGGCCCGACAUUUGGCGGAGAAUUGUACUCGAAGAAGUCCACACGCGGACGUCCUCCACUGGAUGCCCUUUUCGGAGGGGCAAGACUGCCCCCGACUCCUGACACAAUGAGCACAGCUGGUCCACCUGUCAACAACGGUUCUAAUGGAAGCAUUGCAGCGCAGAGAAGCCCUAGCCGUGGACAAGGCCAGUGGUUUGCAGGACGACCUGUCGAGCGUCAUCGUUCCGCUGGCGAACUUACAUCCAGGCGGAGCUUCAACGAAGGCGAAAGUGUACAGACGAAUUGCAGUGACACGCCUCGCCUUGGUACAACCAACCCUUGUUCUCCAACUUUCCUACCAUACAUCAACGUUGCCAACAAAGCAAGUGAACUUCUCGGGCCUGGCAGCCCUAACCAUCCAUCUUCCCAGUACUUAGGCGAUCCGUUCCACCAGAUCAGCAAUGAAGAUGAGAUGCCUUCGACAACGAUACACCACGAAACUCCCACCAAACCUCGCCCAAAGUCUGUCAGUCCUGACUUUGAAAGGUCCGACAGGUGGGAGUCACCCUCUCCUCCUCUCACGCCCACCGACUGGGUUGCGGCGGCGAAGCAGGGCCCUCGCUCACGUAAAGACCCCAAUCCACCUCGAACAAUCAGCCAAGCAGCCUUCCAUGACGACCAGAGCGUCUCCUCCUUCCCAACUGAACCCGAUACCCCAAGAAUUCCAACCCUUGACAUGAACACGCUUGAUAUUCUCGAGCAUGAUUUUGCGAAAAUGCCAAUGACAGAAGGCGCAAAGCUCGAGUCCGAGCCUGAGCCUGCGCCGGAUACUCGACGUCGCAUCAGCUUCAGACCUCGCCUUUUCCACCGUAAUAACAAUACCAAACAUACUCAAUCUUCCCCAAUCGCCAAUGCUAUCGACGAUGACGACGAAGAAGGCGCCCCAUCACCUAUUAUUCCGAAGACCAGGACAGUGGGCAAUGCGCGCCGCCGACCUGUAUCGCAAAUAAUCACCAACUCUGCAGACACAUAUUCCUCCAGCCUACCAAACUCACAUAGCCUUGGUACUCCAUUCGAAGGAAAAUCCUUGCACCAGUCGCUCAUGGAAUCUCGGAGCACCGCCAUCUCCAUGAAUGGCGCAGCCACCAUCUCAGACCGCCCGACCACGUCGCACAGCACGGACACUCACAAGCGCCGCAGCUCACUGAGCAUCUUUGGGUGGGUGAAGGGUAUGGCCGGGAAACGCUCUGAGCCUGCCACACCCGUGAAGGCGGAGAAGGGCAAAGCCAAGGAAAACGACCCGUCUGCCUGGUCUGUGCAAGACGAACUUGCACGCUCCGAGACCUCAGACUCAUUCGAUGCACCCGUUGUGCGCCCACGCUCGGAGAUGACCAUGCACUCAGAUGAUCAGGGACGUCGGCCUCGAUAUGUCAGUCGACACUCGCGACGAGUUUGA